UCACGGCGCAGAAGCUCGCGUGGACGCGCCUGUGACAGAGAGCGAGCGCUAGAGAGGGGGGGUGUUACGAGCUCAGUCCUAGGCUGACUCUCCCCGGCCCUUUCCUCAUUUCAGUGACAUCUCAUUCAUAGACCCUUCCCCCUCCCCCAGUUCUUCAGCCGCCGUGUGACCGCAGCACCGGCCCGCUCUGCUCCCUUCGUGUCCCCCGUGGGGGUUAGGGAGAAGGGGGAUGACGAGACCGUCUGUUCGGGGCCGAAAGACGCUGCUGCCCGUCACUACCUCCGCCUGAGAGGCGGCCGCCUCUCCUCCGCAGUCUCCAGCGCCCCUUCUUCUCGUCCUCCGGUGGCAGAAUUAAAUAACAUUGACAAUGGGGGCGUUUUUAGACAAGCCAAAGAUGGAAAAGCAUAAUGCGCAAGGACAUGGAAAUUUAUUGCGUUAUGGGCUAAGCAGCAUGCAAGGUUGGAGGGUUGAAAUGGAAGAUGCACAUACCGCUGUGAUUGGUUUGCCAAACGGACUUGACGGAUGGUCUUUCUUUGCUGUAUAUGACGGUCACGCUGGUUCCCAGGUUGCCAAAUACUGCUGUGAGCACUUGCUUGAUCACAUUACAAGCAACCAAGACUUCAAAGGAACUGAUGGACAGCUGUCUGUGGAAAGUGUAAAAAGUGGAAUCAGAACAGGUUUUCUUCAGAUUGACGAACACAUGAGAGUUAUUUCCGAGAAGAAACAUGGUGCUGAUAGAAGUGGGUCAACAGCAGUGGGUGUUAUGAUCUCGCCACAUCACAUUUAUUUUAUCAACUGUGGAGACUCCAGAGGUUUACUUUGUAGAAGCAAGAAAGUUCAUUUCUUUACGCAGGAUCACAAACCAAGUAAUCCCCUUGAAAAGGAGCGUAUCCAAAAUGCUGGCGGCUCUGUAAUGAUUCAGCGUGUGAAUGGGUCUCUUGCAGUUUCGAGGGCUCUAGGUGACUUUGACUACAAAUGUGUCCAUGGAAAAGGCCCCACAGAGCAGCUUGUUUCACCAGAGCCCGAAGUUUAUGAAAUUGAGCGAUCAGAAGAAGAUGACCAGUUCAUAAUUCUUGCAUGCGAUGGCAUAUGGGAUGUCAUGGGGAAUGAAGAGUUAUGCGACUUUGUAAGAUCCAGACUUGAAGUUACUGAUGACCUUGAAAAAGUAUGCAAUGAAAUAGUUGACACCUGCUUGUACAAGGGAAGCCGAGACAACAUGAGUGUCAUACUGAUCUGUUUUCCAAGUGCUCCUAAAGUAUUGCCGGAGGCAGUGAAAAGAGAAGCUGAAUUGGACAAGUAUCUGGAAAGCAGAGUAGAAGAGAUCAUAAAGAAGCAGGGUGAAGAAGGUGUACCAGACUUAGUCCAUGUGAUGCGCACAUUAGCCACUGAGACCAUCCCUAACCUCCCGCCUGGAGGGGAAUUGGCAAGCAAGCGGAGUGUAAUUGAAGCAGUGUACAACAAACUGAAUCCAUAUAGAAAUGAUGACACUGAUUCUGCGUCAACUGAUGACAUGUGGUAAAUGGAUCCGUUUAGCAUUGGAGUUUACAUCCAUCCUCAACGAACGUACAGCCCAACCUCAGUGAUCCUUCUUAGCGUCCAUCCUCAACCUUUUUUUCAUUUAAAGAAGGGAAUAUGAUGUGGGUGAGCUUGGUGAAAAAAUAAAACUCCCAUCAGUUCAAAUGGCCCCUGAAUAUUGUACUGUUUUCCUAAUACCCUUUCUCUACACAUAUAUAUUAUUUUUUUUUGUAAAAUUGAUUUUAUGUUAAUGUACUUUCAGACAAAUACAUGUUGUAAAUCAGACUCCAGCAAAUUCUGUUGUAUGAUUAUUAUUAUUUUUUUUCUCUUUUUUUUUUUUUUUUUGUAAAGUGCAAUUGUCCUUGUACAAAAUUGUCAUAUUAAAUUAUGGACUGCAAAUUUCUCUAAAGGUUACAGGAGGUCUAGCUUGUUAUGUGAUGCAACCAGAUAUCUAACCCUUAAUGUGGUGGUUUUUAGAUUGGGCAGAAAGCAGCAACAUAACCAGCUGGGAGGGGUCCCUAUUAAAUUGUUUAUAGACUUGUAACUUUAGUGUACAGUAUUUCUCAGGAUGAAGAACAGUCUUCAGUUCUGAGAGCUUUUGAUUUAUUUUUAUUUUUUUUGGGCUUGAACAUAUUUGAUUACAAGAACGUUCCUCUUUUUGAUAUUAAAAUGUCGACUGAAAGUGCAGUCUUUUAUGAACAAAUAUGUACCCACAAUUUGAACAUUCAGAUCCAUUAACAAGUAAUCAGUUGUGUGUCGAUUGUGUGUUUUUUCUUUUUAUUAUAACUACACUGGCUGGGUCUGUUGCUGCUACAGAGAGUUUUGAAUUCCAUUUUAUCAAUAAAGCUUGAUUUGACAAACAA